UUAUUAAUAAUAAUUAAUUUAAUAAAUUAUUUUUUGUGUGAAAACUGUAGUUUUUUAGAAAAAAUUAGGUCUGUUUUAAAUUAAAAUACGGUAUAUACUUUAAUAAUUUUAAAUUAACUUAGAAUUUCAUUAAAAAAGCAAAAAUUAUGUUGAAUAAAAAACUGUAACUUUGAAACUAAGUAGGUUACGAAACACGGUGCUGGCGAAACGACCUUAGCACCAUUCAAGGAAUCGGCAAAAAAUUACGGAAUGUGUGGUUUUCGGUUUUCACAGCAGAGACAAAGUAGUAGGAGUAGUAGUAGAGACAGAGUACGAAAACUUUGAAAAUUAGUGCUAAUCCUAAUUAUUACUAUUAUAAAACUAACGCUAAUUAUUUUAGAAAAAGUUUUUGCUACGUGCUUAACCUCUGUGCCAAAUAUCUAUAAGAAAAAUGUUGCUGAGUUAAUCAUUUCAAGCUUUAAAAAUAGACAUUUAAUAUUUUGCAUAUUUGGUGCUAUAAUCGAUACAUCACACAUUUUGCGUUGACAUGGUCGAAAUUUUUAAUGCCAAUAAAUUUGACGCAUAACCCCGUAUUCACAUAAUACGAACGGAAAUUUAUUGACCCUUUUAUAUUUAUUUUAAAAAAAUUUACUUGUUUUCAUUACCUCCAAUGAGAAUAUCAGAGGUUUAAAUAAUUUUUCUUCGUCCGGCCAUCCAUUUACAGUAGAAAUGUUUUUCGCAAAUUUUUUUAAUUAUUUUUUCAAAGUCAAUCUAUUUUAUGUUACCUACAUAAUAUACAUACAUACAUAUUAUAGAUUAAAUACAUAUGUUUUUGCGUCAGAGUAUAGGCGUAUAGAUAGGCAUUCAAAUAUUAGGCUGCGGUCAUAAAAGAGAGCGAUGAUAAUUUAUUUGGAACAAUGCAAGGUUGCCACAUAUACUGUUUCAUAGGUUUCAUAGUUUUAAAAUAUUUAUCGUCAAAAUUUUUACUAUAAUAUUCCGAUUUUAACGAAACAUACCCAUAAUAGGCACAUCAGCAGACUAAGUAAAUUAGCAAAAUAUAUAGAAUAAAAAGAAACGAAAACAUAAGUACGACAUAUACGGCACACUUUGCAAAGUGCGUAUUUUCCUUGAGUUAGUAAGAUGUGCCAUGGAAUAUUCAAAAUUACAAUGUAAUACAAAAUAAUAAUAAUAAUAAUUUAUUAUUAAGUAUGAUAGCGCUCUCUAGAUUGAUUGACAGCCUAGCUUUGAAAUUAAUUUAACACAACCAAUCUUCUUUAGUCGUCUAGUGGAUUAUUUUUCAAAAACGCCUAUAAACCAGAUUGACGAUCUGAAUCGUCAACCAAAUUAAAUAUAAAUAAAUAUGUAUGAAUUUUUGAAGAAAUGUUGCACUAUUUUUUUACAUUUCCAUUAGAUAAUCGAAAGGUGUCAAGUAGAUAGAUAAGAUCGGAACAACAAAUAUUUUCUGAUUUUAGUUCAAUGUGCGUACCUUCAUAUAAAUUAACGUUAAAUCUAAUCUAAGGUGGAUAUUUUUUCUCAAAUUAAAAAAUUUAAAAUUUAAAAAUGGGAGUAUCUAUUAUUAUGUGUUAUUAAGUGUUAUUCAUUUCCCUUUGCAGUUAAUAAAGGGAUCAUGAGGUGCAAAUAUCAGGCAAGUGGUGAAAAGUCACUAAAAAGUCUAUUUAUUAUUAAACGAGAUCACAAACUUUACACCCUCUCCUGGUGAUCCAAAUCGCAGUAGGUCUUCAACAUUGUCCGCUAUGGUAAUUAUAAUAAUAUAAAGAUAACUUCCGUAUAUAGGUCACAAUGCAGUGUCACACUUUUUUGUUCGGUUCGAUUGAUAUUUGCAACUAAACUAACUAAACUAAACUAAAAAAAUAUAUGCAGCCACAUACUCUUGGAAUCUCUAUUGUUUUUUCAGUCAUGAAGGAACCUUGAUCAUGGCCACUGCCUCAAUAGCCUCCUCGUUCAGCUUCACUCAAUCCUGCAUUUGUAUCUGAACAUUUCAUGUUAUAGAUACCUGUUGACGUUAACUACAUAAUUUCGUCUUUUGUUAACUUUCCAAGUCGAAAUGUUCAAUUCUAUUAAAAAUAAAUAAGAACUAAUGAAAAUCUGAACUAUUAGUUCUUAUUUAUUUUGUUAAAUGGAUUUUCAUCAAGUAAAAGCCACCUCAGUUCAAUUUCUCAAUUCUAUUCCUAAUCUCUGCUUCAAGGGCUUUCUGGGAGUCCGUAUGUUCCUCGGUAUUUUCGGGAUCUCAUCAUCAGAGUUAAAAUCAUCUUCUGCUUCAAAGAAUCCUGCAUAUUUAUAACAGUUUGCAAUAGUAUUUUUGCUAACUUCCUGCCAAGCACAGUGAAUAAAAUUUACAGCAUCCAAUAAGCUCACUGAAAACUCAUCUUUAUCAGCAAAAUCUUCUUAUACUGACACUUCAGGGAAUGGAUUAUGUUUUGAUCCAUGGUCUGCAGUUUUAAUCUGAUAUUGGGUGGCAUAAAAAUCAGUUUGAUUAGGUUCAACAUAACAUUGAGAGGUGCUGGACAAUUAUCUACUGUUCUUAUUCUUCAAUUUUGUAUCCCAUUGGAGCAGCUCUUCGAUAAAUAGGUCAGAUGUCAUCCACGCUUUGCUGUUUGCCCUGUACUGACUGGUAGGGUCUUGUUUUUGAAACAUCUUGGAUUAACUGAUUUACUCUUUUCUCUCUCUUUACAUUAACCAGAACUGUUAUUCGAAUCAAGGGUUAAAAGAUCGGUCCAAAUUGUUGUGAGUCAGUUAUUAACAACAUUCAUAUCAACUGAUAUAGAUUCACCAACAAUUUUUCCUCCUGAGAUACAAUUUCUCUUAUUAAAACGGUCAAUCCAUCUUCUGGAACACACAAAAUCUGUUCAUUUUAUUCUACUUCCCAUUGCAUUUGCUGUUUGCUGAAGAACUGGAUCACUUAUGGGAACAUUUUCUUUUCUUUUUCGGGUAAACCACUGUAAAAGUCCCUUAUUGACGCUUUCAUGAGCUGAUUUUCUGAGCUUUUUACAACUUACGUUCACUUGACCAUAGGACGAGAGAAUGGUGACAGUUGCUUUAGGCAAGUUCAUUUCACGACACUUUGUUUCAUACCACUUUUAAUUUUUUAUAUAACAUCGUAUUUUUCUUUCAAAGUUGAAGCCUUUCGUUUUCGCUUCUCCAUUUCAAGGUCUGUCAUCAAUAUUCUCUACAAAAUCUAAGUCACAACUGAGAUCAAAACAUCAAACAAAUGUGCUAUGUAUUUUAUCCUUUCUCCUUGAAAUUACCCCCGAAAAAGUUCAUUUUAUUCUCCCGGGAAUCACCGGGGGAACCCCCGAAAAUGUUCAUUAAAAACUUAAAAUGUAACUUAGUCUUGACGGAAUUUACUUCACUGUAUCGAAAGUUCACUAUACCCGGAUACACUAGAAACAGUAAAAAUUUAUUUUUGUCUUAUUUUUUUUAUUUGGUCUAUGGGUGGAGGCAAAAGGGGCCCAUCUUUUAAGUUUGGCUUCUACUGCUACAAUAAUCUCGUCAGUGUCUUUAUUUUGUUUUGUGUACGUGGUGUUAUAUUUUCAAAUCGAUGAUAACAGGUAAUUUAUAACGAUAGACCCGCCGCCCCCACGUAUCAAAUUGCAAGCCGAAUCACCCACCGCAAUAAACACUUGAAACGACAAUGAACUAUUUUCGCGUCUAUGUACCCAAUCAAUUUUGAUGUUUACGCUAACACUUUCCUCAAUUCGAGCUACUGUUUAGAUAACUGUGAUCGCAACGUAGAGAUGUUCGCGCACAACAAUGCGCCAACUUCUUUUUUGAAAACAAAGCCGCCUUUUAAGCGUUUGCUACAGUUUUCUAUAAUCGCGGAAUCGAAGUUUCCUUUGAACGAUCAAGCGCGCACGCCCGGUUUUCCCGACUAUGGAUUUUCCGACCUGACCGCGAGGAUGCUGUACGCCGAUGGCCGCCAGUAGUGAUCAUGUCGUCACUAUUCACCCCUUUAAAGAGGUAAUGUCUUCGUAAAAAUGCUACGUCGGUUCUCGGCGCGCCGCUUCUUCUUCAUAGGCAUCAUCUUCAUAGGCGUGACAGUGCUUAUAAGUACGAAACUGAACGUACCAUGGCUACCGGCUUUGAAAAAAUCCGCCGCUUUGCAAGAGGAACACUCUGUAGAAGAUGCGCCCGCACUACCUUCUGCCGUACUUGAUGAGAGCAAUUUCGGUGAGAGCAAUGAGAUCGACGAAAAAUUCGUGGAGAAAGAAAAACCUUGGUACCUGACUGACGGGACGAUGUUGCCCGUCAAAACAAAAGGUCCGGUGCGUCUGUUCCCGGAUCAGGCGGACGGCGAUAGGAUUAUUGAUCAGCUUAUGUACAUUCCUGAAGAUUACCAGGGCUACGAUUCACCGGAAAAAGUGAUUUUGGCGUACACUGGACUGGGCUCUUGGGGUGCGAAAAGCGGUCCCAGCGUGUUCCAAGAGUGUCCCGUGAGCCGGUGUUCCCUAACGGCUGAUAAAAGUAGGGCCGCCGACGCGGACGCCAUCAUUUUUAAGGAUCACUUCGUUAGUCCUGGAGUCCCCAGACCAAUGAACCAGAUUUGGAUACUAUACUUUCUCGAAUGCCCCUACCAUACGCAGAGCAUAAAAUUCGCCGACGUUAUCAACUGGACCGCGACUUAUCGACGAGACAGUGACGUUGUUGCUCCUUACGAGCGUUGGACUUAUUACGAUCCAGAGGUACGACAAAAGACCCAACACAUAGACUACGCGGCGAACAAGACGAAAAAGGUCGCGUGGUUCGUAUCGAACUGUGGCGCUCGCAACAACCGGCUCCAGUACGCGAGGGAAUUGAGCAAAUAUAUUUCGGUGGACAUUUACGGGAACUGCGGCCCGCUAAAGUGUCCCAGGUCCGAUAAAAAGUGCUACGAAUUGCUGGACAAAGAGUACAAAUUCUACUUGGCGUUCGAGAACUCGAACUGCCGAGACUAUAUUACCGAAAAGUUUUUCGUCAACGGCCUGGGACACAGCGUUCUUCCUAUAGUAAUGGGUGCCAGGCCCGAGGACUAUCAAAAAAGCGCACCAGAAGGUUCCUAUAUACACGUCGACGAGUUUUCUAGUCCAGAAGAGCUGGCCGCUUACCUUCACCGUUUAGACAAUGACAACGCCCUGUACAAUUCGUAUUUUAAGUGGAAGGGCACCGGCGAGCUCAUUAACACCCACUUUUGGUGCCGCCUGUGCGCCAUGAUGCAUACGCCUCAGCUACCCAGGCACUACGAAGACGUGAACGAUUGGUGGAGAGGCCCCGGAAUUUGCACGUCCAAAGCUUGGCGAAACGCGGAAUUCGUAUAAAAUCC